AUGGCGGCUGUGAGUGUAGUGAAAAAGGAAUUACGGCAGAAAGUCCAAAGUCUUCUCAAGACUCUGCCACAGGAAUCAGCGACUGCUCAAUCAACGAUCGUGACCAAUAAAUUAUUCACCUUACCGGAAUAUCUCAACGCGAAGAGAAUCAGUGUAUUUCUUUCUAUGCCCUACGGAGAAAUUUCUACCACACGUAUCGUUCAAGAUGCCUUGGCUCGUGGGAAAGAAGUCUUCAUCCCAUAUACGCAUAACAUCAGCAUACAACCAAGAGUUUCGAUAAUGGACAUGCUCCGUCUGGAAUCCAUGGAAGAAUUUACAUCACUUGAGCCAGACAAAUGGGGGAUACCGUCGCUCGCCAAAAGCUCUAUCCCCACGAAGCAAAACUGUUUUGGGGGGUUGGGGGUUGCAGUUAAUAGAUCACGGGGUGGUGCUCUAGAUGAUGUUGGCUUGGACUUAAUUAUCAUGCCUGGAAUGGCAUUUGAUACUGGAUUGAAACGACUAGGCCAUGGCAAAGGCUACUAUGAUCAUUUUCUGAAUAGAUACAGUACGGAAAUCGAAGGCUCUUCGCGGGCGGGGAAAAGGCCGUUUCUUGUCGCCCUUGCUUUGAAGGAGCAGAUUAUAUUCCCUCCCGAAGAAGUCCCCGUCGCAAGUCAUGACCAACCCGUAGAUGCAGUCAUUGUCGGUGACGGCAGCCUAAUAGCCUCGUAA